AUGACUAGACCAAAAGAGAGCCACGAUGUAGCCUUUCUUCCUCCUGAAUUAUUCUGGAUGAUUCUACGUUACCUACAACCAAACGAACUAGUCCGUUGUCGCCGCGUCUCACGUGCCUGGAACGAAGCUUUUACCAACCCAAAUAUCCUCCUCCCACUCCUAAAGAGAUGUUACCCAUGGACAAAAGAAGCCAAAAGCCUACGCUCAGAAAUAUCGAAUGAAGAAAAAGAAGACGAAGGUUGUCGGCUUUUUGACCAAGUCGCUUCACGAUACUAUCACUUAGGACAAGGCAAACCCCGCUCUAUCGAAAAGUACCGCCUCUGCGAUGACUUUGGUAGCACCGGAGACCGGGAAUGGUAUCAGGUCCAGCCAUGGGAGUCACACGCUAGUCAUAAGAAACGCUUUGUUGACCGCCAGUUCUCUGAGGCUUUAUGGACUUUCGAGGAUGGCCUACUCGUCUACCCCAGCGCCGAUUAUCAGUUUCUUGUACUUAUGGAUUUGGAAACGGACGGGCAGUUCACGGUGCCGUUUAUUAUUCGUGGCAAAGUUGUUCGUCGGGUACGGUUGCAGAAGAGGUUGCUUGUCGUUGAGUGGGCUGAACCGAAGGCAUUUCACUGGUUGAAUGAUAGCGAUGGCGUGCAUCGACACUUUGCAUCCUCCUUUGAUGUGACGAAGGGUGAGAAUCAACGCUGGAAUAUUGUCCCACGCAAUGAAUGGAAGAUUAUGUUUUUGGGACAUCCGCUGAGCGAGCGGGAUCGGUUCUUCUCCUCACAUAGCAAUACUCACUAUGUGAUUUAUAUAUGGCAGCCAAAUCGAAGCUUGUACACCGCCGACGAGGAUGCGCCCAUUGAGUCGUUAUCUGUCUGGGACAUAUCAACCCCAUCAUCAUAUCGACCUUCAUUGGAUCCUACAGGACGACUGAGAGACUAUUCACCUUCUGACUCUCCAUCGAUGGUGGCACAAUUCGGGUUCCGAGACCUGGAGUUCUUCGGCAUCCGACAAAGAGGCUGUCCCAGCAUUCAACGAUUGGAGAUUACGGAUGAUGCCCAGGCAGUCGAGAUUACAGAAAACUUUUGCAUCCGGCUGGAAGACCAACCACCGGAGCCAUACGGGUUUCCUCAGCCCAUUACUACAAGCAUUCCUCUAGGAGAUGGGCCUCACCAGCGCCGGGAUUUUGCAGGGAUUCUGCCACCUUACCGCGGGAACUGCAGUAUGCAGGCGGAGGCUAUGAGGUAUGAUGGGUUCAUCAUGGACCCUUGGUAUGGCGUCAUUGCUCAAGUGAGUAUACUCGAGCCCGAUGUCGGCUUUUGUCUUCACUUUGAUCCGUGGACGUGGAUCCAAGACCAGCUUGUCUAUUUGACUAUUCAGACACCUCACUCGAGCACCACUUGUGUUAAUUGGGAUUUUAUCGGCAGGGGGAGGCUGGUCGGUUGUGAGAACUAUUUGGUGGGUGAGAAUUGCAAUCGAGAGCUAGUUAUUUACCGGUUUGAUAGAUGA